UCUUGACUGAGGGCGGUCUUUCUCUGACAUGACAGCUAUUUCCUCCAUCUGAGGUCUCAAUCCUUGCUGCUAAUCACUUAAUCUUUACCUCUCAAACCCUAUUUUCUAAAACUUUGCGAAUAGGAAACCUAAUAAUUACCGAUUGCAUCCUUUGCGGGCAUCAAUUUGUGCAAAUUCCCUAUUACCUAUUAAACCCUAAAUCAAUUUGAUUUCUAGAAGAACUCUAUAUUUUGGUGCAAACAGGUUAAAUAUACUGCUGAAUCAACUCCAAUAGGAGCAGGAAUCCUUCAAUUGGAAGAUGGCUGAUGAAAUUACUGAACGCCUAAAUAAAUUUAUUCUUACUGAGGAAGAAAAGGAUGUUGUGGCAAUUGAAUAUCCAGAUAUUCAGUCAAGUAUGAAGGAUUAUAAGGUAAGUCUUUUUGGCAAGGUGAUUUAUGAUAAAAAGGUGAAUUUUCAGGGAGUCAAAAACACCAUGUCGUUGGUUUGGGGGCCCCGUAGGACUGCAGAUAAAGAAAAUCGGAUGGAACUUUUUUCAAUUUAUUUUUAAAGAUAAGGAAAGUAAGGAUAAAAUAUGGUUUGCUACACCAUGGUUGUAUGACAAAUACCUUCUUAAUGUCCAUCCUUGAGAACCAGGUUUGAAGAGUGAUUCCCAGGUAUUUAAUAUCUGUAAUCGGUGGGUUCAAGUUUGGAAUAUCCCAUUACAUUGGAUGUCAAAAGAUGUUGGGCGCAAAAUAGGACAUGCUUUGGGAGGUAGUGUUGAUAUUGUAAUCCCUGAAAAUGGAAGCAAAGAGGGGGAUAUAUGAGGAUUAAAGUUACGAAACAAACUGUAUUGAAAUAAGAUACGAAAACUUACUUUAUGUUUGCUACUACUGUGGUAUGCUAGGACACACUGAUAGAACUUGUGUACAAAGAGGGAAGGAUAUAAGAUCAGGCAAUCUCAAAAGUGACCAGUUUGGGACAUGGUUACGAGCGGAGAAUCAUUUACUAGCUUCAGAUAAUCACCGCCGUCAAGGUGUAAAUACUAAUAGCAUUGGGCAUACUAGGGUGAAAAAUCAUAUCUUUGAACUGGUUGAGGGAAAAGGAGUUUGGCAGAGGGUACUACCUCAGUUGAAAUGCAGCCUGACAUAAGAAAAGAGGAUCUUCAGAGAGACCAAAUGCAGCCCAUGGAAGCAACAAAUUAUGGAUCUAGAGAGAAGGAGAGUGCAGAAGUUUGGAAUAACACCAGCGUUGGAACUUCUGAUGGUAUUAAAACUACCUCAAUGCGAGGUUUGAAUAUUGGCUUGGAGAAGAAAGAUGUGCAGGAGCAGAUGCCAGCGGAUGGAAAUAUGUUGAAUGACACAAUAAAGCUACAACAAAACUUAUUUCAAGUUGUCUCACAAAUGCAGGAUGCUGACAACCAAAAAAUGAAGGAAUUGCAAGAUAACAUAGAUAAGACACAAGAUUAUGGUGUGAUGAUAGACAUGCGAGUAUUGGUGUCGCGACUUUGAAUAGCCUUGGAAAACUGGUUCAUGCCCAUGGAUCCCCAAUUCAGUAUGUUGGGAAAACCAUGACUGCUGAAGCGAUUGCCGUAAGAAAGGCACUUGAAUGUGCUAUUACUCUUGGAUGAAAAAGUGUGAAGAUUUUAUCUGAUGCUAAGAAUGUUGUUGAUAUGAUCCAAAAACAGGUGGCUACUUCAUGGGAGAUAGAAGUGUUGUGUGAAGACAUUUGGAAGCUAUCAAGCAUGUUUGAUCACGUUGAGUUUCUUGAUAUUCCGAGGAAGUUAAACAAAGUAGCUCAUAAUUUAGCUAAAUUUUCUAUUUCUUUGUUGAAGAACAUCUCCUGGGAGAAGUUUUUCCCAACUUGGGUUGUCCAGGAUGCAAAAAGUACAUUUGAACUUUGUUGUUCGUUGAUGCAGCAAUAUGAAGUCUUUGUUUCAGAGAAAAAAUUAAAAU